CAACUCUUUCUCAUAUCACCAUUGUCGACUGCUGCGCAGGACACUCUUACAACUCCAGAAAAGCUAGUGUAACCACGGCACUUGCGCCUUGCUCGCCUCACGCAAAUUCACAAAACCCUCGCCACCAGACCCGAGCACCACCAUGCCACCCAGACUCCCCGCCAAGAGACGGAACCGCGACGACGAGUCGCCGGCGGGCCGCUCGUCCAAAAAGGUCAUCAAGGAGCCGACCUACGACACGUACGACGAGGCCUUUGAUGGCGGUGUCGAGCACGAGGAGAAGGGCGAGCGCUACAAGGACGGCGAGAAGGCUCAGCGGUUCUACGAGAAGGCCGCAGAGCUGUACCAGAAGGCCAUGCAGUUUGACGAGACGUACGACGCGACAUUCAACCUUGCCCGCGUUCAGUACACGCUCGCGUCGCAGUUCUACCUCCCCCCAUCGUCGCUCGACAUCUACGGGUCCGCGAUCGCGCUGUACCGCAACGCGAUGGAGAAGGCCGAGAACCCGUUCCUGAAGAGCGACGCAGCGUUCAACCUCGUGCAGGCGCUGCUGAGUCUCGCCGAGCUCACGGAGGAGUACGAGGGUCCCGCGUCGGCCGGCGGCGUCAAGGAGCUGCGCGACCUCGCCAUGGUGCUCCUCCAGACUGUGUUCUCCACGCAGGCGCAGUACCUCCAGUUUGCGAAGGAGAACCCGGGAGAGGUAUUUUCCGGGGAGGAGGGGGAGGCGCCAGCCGAGGCGGCUGCUGCUGAUGCCGAGGGCGACGCCGAGAUGAAGGACGGCGAGGAGGCGGGCGAGGGCGACGACGAGGAGGACGACGUCGAUGCCACACCGCAUGGCUCGCCGCCCGCAGCGGGCGUCACGGCCGUGACGUACCCCACCCCCUCGGCGUUCGUGGACACGACCAUGACGUUUGUCGACACGCAGAGCACGCUGUGGGAGUCUGCCGAGCCGGUUGUUAUGCCGACCGAGAACGCGCAGGAGGCGUCCAAGGGCGUGCUGGGCUUUGCGUCGAGCCUCGCCCCACCAGGCCGCGAGGCCGAGAUCGACCUCGCGGAGAUGAAGUUCCUCCUCACGCUCGACUCGAUCAACUGGGAGCUGACGCGCAAGGACGCCAAGCCGGGCAGCGGGCAGGAGAAGGGGCUCGAGGGCGCGGCGCGCGCGCUCACCUCUCUCCUGGCCAACCUGGACGCUUCGCCGCCCGAUGACCCGUCUGUGCGCGCCGACAUUCUCACGACACUGGCCGACACGCAGAUGGAGGCGGCGACGCGGCUGAUCAUCCAGGCCAAGGCUGGGCCUGCUGGCCCGUCGCCGCAGGCGCAAUCGGCGUGGGCGCACCUCACGUCUGCGACCGCCAACCUCGGCAAGGCGCUCGACCUGCCCUCGCUCGGCACGCAGGCCGAGUUCCGCCCGCAUGUGCUGAUGCAGCUCGUGCGGACGUCGCUGAACCGGGCGCGCCUCGCGCCCAUCAACGACACGGCGCAGCGCAACCAGGGUCAGCUGCUGGACAACUGCGCCGCGUACGCGCACAAGGCCGCCACGGCGCUCGGCUGGGCGUACCCCCCUCUCCCGAAGCGCGAGGGCUGGACCGUGCCCGUGCCAGCGGCGGGGGCCAAGCUCGAGCCGCCCUUCCCGGCCGGGUGGGACGCCGAGCUGCUCGCGCGCACGCUCGCGUUGCUGCAGCUCCGCGUGUGCUACUUUGUCCACUCGGGCCAGGUGCUCGCGGGCGUUGAGGGCGCCGUGGAGAAGUACGGCGACGCGACGGCCAAGCCGUUGGUCGAGACGCUCCUGACGGUGCCCCGCGGCCCGCGCCGUAUCGGCCCCCGUGAUAUCGAGCGGUUCGUCGGCGACGUAGAGGACGAGGAGGGGCCCCUGUCCGAGGGAGAGAGCCAGUGGUGGGCCGAGAUUGCGGCCAAGUUUGUGGCCGACGACGCGGGGCAGCAGGGGCUCGCAACGGAGAUUCUCAACCAGACGGAGUAGGCGGGCGUACAGCGUACAGUAUCCCGCGUAUAGUACAAGUCUAUCACAUGCAUCUUUGCCAUCUACAGGGGCAUGCUGUCUCAAGAUGAUAUCGGUGUCAAGAUUGAUUCUUCUGUCGUCGUUGUGUCAAGAUUGUAUUCCGUUUCGAUCGUAUUCGAGGCGCUAGCCGCGCCGCCCGGGGCUACACCGAGUCGUCGUCGGCGUGGUACACGGCCGGGGUAUCCGACCACCCGAGCCGCGUCGCGAGCCUGCUCAAGAACCACCCGCUCAGCCCCCAGAUCUCGAGGUGCUCCUGGUCGUCGAGGCGCGGCUCGCAGAGGUCCUCGCACCGGAUCUUCCAGUACGGCUUGGCGCCGUCCAGUCUGAAGUAGUGCGGCGCGUGGCGCGACUUGUCGUUGAGCGCGGACAGGGGCAGCGGCAGGAUCGCGGCGACCUCGCCGGGCUCGGGGGUGAGUGUUGCCAGGUCGAGGUCGGGGAGGGGGGUGUGCUGGUCGGCGUCGGCGCUUGCUUCCAGAGGCUGGGAAGACGCGAAUCCCUUCUUUGUCAGAUCAUGCCCCGCUCCGCUUCCGCUUCUUCGUUCUCACCACGACCGGCCACACACGGCUCAGGUUGCCCAGGCUAUACUCUGCGUCUAGCGCGCCGAGGAUGGUCACCUGUUCUGGCGGCAGCGCGAGCUCCUCGUGCGUCUCGCGCAGUGCAGCAGCGACGAGGUCGGCGUCGGUCUGCAGUCCGUCAGCCACCACCAAUGCUUCCCGCCCACCUCCUCCGCCUUGCCGCCGGGGAAGCUAGCCUCGGACGCAUGUAUCCUCAGCCCGGCGGCGCGUAUCUCCAUGAGCACGUGUGCCUCCCCGUGGAGAUUACACAGGGGCAGCAGCACGCCGGCCUCGCGCGGCGCCCGCGGCUUCUUGGCCGCAGCGAGCAGGCCUUUGGGGUGCGGCGGCAGCUGUGAGAUCGGGGUACGGUUCGGCUUGUCGAGCGCCGCUGUGAUGACCUGCAGGGUGGCGCGCGUGAAGACUUGUGGCGGGGCGACUGGCGUGCUAUACGCUCGCCGUGGUAUUGCGCGAGUCGCUGCUGAUAAUGCUGCGCGUCGCAUUGCUGUUGUGGACU